AUGCCCUUUUUCUUAGGAUCUCAUCUCAUCGAUAUCGGAACGAUAAAGCACAGAAACAACCCUCCUUUUCUUACUGGGGCUGCCAUGGAGAGGAAGGAGCCUCUGGAUUUCUCUUCUUACUUUUGUUUCGAAGCCUCCGGCGACUCUGAAGAAGCUGACCCUCAUGAAAUCACCAGAGCAUAUGGUGGUGGUGAUGAUGAUAAUGAUGAUGCUCUGUCUUGCAACUACGAAGGAUCUGGUGCUGCGUUGGACGGGGAAGAGGAUGAGUGUUGUGACGAUGAGAUUGCGAAGGUGGGGGAGGAUGAGAAAAGUGGCGUUUAUGGAAUGUCGUAUUGUGAAGAUGAUGAUGAGAUGGAAGAAGAACACGUGAAGUCCCAUGUUUCUUUCGAUUCAGCCCAGGAGUUUGUGGAUGAGAUGGAAAAGAACAGGCUCUUCUGGGAAGCUUGCUUGGCAUCUUGA